AUGAGCAAAAGCUCAUUUCAAGCCUUGAAGAAGUUUGGUGCAUUUAACAACAAAACAUAUACAGUCCUCUUAGUCGUCACAAAAGAUGAGAACUUUAAUGAUGACAGUUCUGAUGAUGACAGUACUGGAGAUGACAGUUCUGAUGAUGACAGUACUAGAGAUGACAGUUCUAGUGAUGAUAAUUUCAUCAAUAAUAGCCCUGGUUAUGGUCGUCAAAUGAUCUCUUCAAAUCCGAAGAUGAUCAUUCAUUUGAAAAGAUGUUUCUUGAUGAUGAAUAUGACAUUAAAGAAGAUGUGCAUAAAGCUCAAAAGUUUGCCUGGGAUGCGUGGCAUUUAUGGAAAAGUUGGUCCAAACGAGAAAAUACCAUAUUUUCAUUUGUUUAUAACAGUAGAUUUCAAGAAUGUUGAUGAAGCUGUAUUGAAAGAUAAAAUCGAUCAAAUGUUUGGACCGAAUGCUUCUAGAUACUUUGAAUUUCGUCCAAAACCAUCGAAAACACAAAGCUUCAACUCCUAUCAAAGAUUGCAGUAGAAAGAAACAGUCGGUCAGUUUCAAGAGGCACAUUAACGAUGUUCUGUUACCAGAACGGGAAACAUUACGCGUUGACCU